AUGGACCCUGUGUUUAAUGACCGGACCCUGUUCCCAUCGGUUUAUCGAACUGUUCCUAAUGAGUAUUUACAGUUUGAAGUUAUUGUACAACUGCUGAUCUACUUUAAAUGGACGUGGGUCGGGAUCGUAUCAUCAGACGAUAUCAGCAACCAUAAAGCUAGUUUGGAACUGAUUAAAGAGAUGAAGAAUCAGGGAAUUUGUGUUGAAUAUCAUAUUGUGAUUCCAGUUUCUGCAAAUAAUAUCAAUCAUAUCGUAAAGUUAAUGCAGCAAUCAACUGCUACAGUCAUUAUCUUAUACUGCACCUUUCUUCAAAUAAUGAAUUUGACCAGAGUGUGGGACAAAGGCGAAUCACAGAUAACUGGCAAAGUCUUUGUAGCGUCAGUCAGUCUUAAUGCUGUUAGUUAUAUUUAUAUGCAAUCCUUCGUAACACUGAAUGGCUCAUUGUUUAUAUCGGUUCACAAAGGGGAGAUCCCUGGUUUUAUGAGCUAUUUGUCUCACAGAGACUGGGAACAGAUGCCCGACAAAAACUUUGUGGAAAAUUUCAAGAUUCUUCUUGAGUGUUUCAAGAUUCUGUCUAAUGAUAGUGAUUCCCACUGCUUGUUAUUCAAAUACUGGGGAAAUACAAAUUAUAUAACGUCUGUUAUUUACAACACGGUUCAUAUACUGGCACAAGCUUUACAUCAGAUGCAUUUAGACAGAGGGCUCUUUGAUACUGAGUCUAAAGGUUUAGCAGCGGAAUCAACAUUCAAGCUGAAUCGUUACCUGAAAAAUGUUCAUCUUAAAACCCAGUCUGAUGAAAUAUUCUUUAAUGAACAAGGAUCUGUUGCUGGGAAAUUUGAUAUUCUCAACUUAAUUAUUAAAUCAAAAACUCAAAUUAGAAAAGUUCCUGUUGGCAGUUUUGUGCCUUCAGCCUCCCCAAAGCUAAUUAUCAAUGAAAGCGCCAUUGUAUGGAAUCCGUAUUUCAAUAAGACUCCGGUCUCUCUGUGUAAUGACAUUUGUCCUACUGGCUACAGAAAAGCUAUUGAGAAGGGAAAAUUCCCCUGUUGCUAUGACUGCAUUCGUUGCUCUGAGGGUGAGAUAGCCAGCUCUCCGGAUGCAGAAAAUUGUCUCCAAUGCCCAGAAGAUCACUGGUCCAAUCCAAGUAGGGAUUCUUGUCUCAAAAAAGCUGUGGACUUCCUCUCCUAUGGGAACUGCUUGGGAAUGGUAUUAGCAACUGCCGCCCUUCUCUUCUCUGUAUGCACCGGUGCAGUCCUGUGGCUCUUUAUAAAGAACAGGAGCAGCCAAAUUGUGAAAGCCAAUAAUCGGAACCUCAGCUACAUCCUUCUUGUUUCUCUCUUCUUGUCCUUCUGCUGCUGUUUCUUGUUUAUUGGGCGCCCUGUGCCCAUAACCUGCAUCCUGAGACAAACUGCAUUUUUGUUCUUAUAUACUGUCGCCAUUUCUUCUCUACUUGGAAAAACACUGACUGUUGUUAUUGCAUUUCAUGCCACAAAACCUGGGACCAGGUUAAGGAAAUUUGUGGGAUCUAGGGUUUCUAUUUCUCUUGUACUACUUUGUUCAUUAGGCAAACUUGCCAUUUGCAGCACUUGGCUGAUAUGGGCUACACCAUUUGUGGCACUCGGUACCAAGACAACACAACAGACAAUGACUCUCUGGUGCAAUGAAGGUUCUAUUGCUGCUUUCUGUGUGGCAGUUUCUUACACAGCUGUGUUAGCUCUUCUUAGUUUUAUUGUUGCCUUUAUGGCACGAAAAUUACCAGACAGAUAUAAUGAGGCGCAGCACAUCACCUUCAGCAUGCUGGUGUUCUUUAGUGUCUGGGUCUCCUUCAUACCAACAUAUCUGAGCACCAAAGGCAAAUACAUGGUGGCUGUGGAGAUAUUCGCUAUACUUGCCUCUACUGCUGGAUUAUUGUUCUGUCUGAGUUACGGCGCCAUGGACCCUGGGUUUAAUGACCGAACCCUGUUCCCAUCUGUUUAUCGAACUGUUCCUAAUGAGUAUUUAAAGUUUGAAGCCAUUGUACAACUGCUGAUCCACUUUAAAUGGACGUGGGUCGGGAUCGUAUCAUCAGACGAUAUUAGAAACCAUAAAGCUAGUUUGGAACUGAUUAAAGAGAUGAAGAAUCAGGGAAUUUGUGUUGAAUAUCAUAUUCUGAACCGUUACCUGAAAAAUGCUUAUCUAAAAUCAUUCUCUGAUGAAAUAUUCUUUAAUGAACAAGGAUCUGUUGCUGGGAAAUUUGAUAUUCUCAACUUUAUUGAAUCAAAAAGACAAAUGACAAAAGUUCCUGUUGGCAGUUUUGUGCAGUCUGCCUCUCUAAAGCUGUUCAUCAAUGAAAGCACCAUUGUAUGGCGUCCAUAUUUCAAUAAGAAAUAG